GGUUACUUGCUAUAUAGAUUCCCUGAAACUAGAAAGUCGAGUUUGAACUCGGCUAUUACUAGUUAUUUUGGUUUGAAUAUCUAUAUUCUUAAGCUUUCUACUAUUAGUAAAGCUAGCCUAAAAAGCCUAUUUAAUAAGCUUCCAAGUUACUAUAUUAUUCUUUUAGAAGACAUUAAUGCC